AAUCCUCCUCACCCGAGAACUGGGAGUGAAGAGCAACGAAUCCUUUUCACCGCCAGAGGAGGAGGGAGUGUCUACGUUUCUUCUCCUGGAAUUCGGGCUAGGCUUUCUUUGGUUUCCCGGUCACCGGCGAAGGAUCUUCUGCCAAAAGUCGGGUGUUCUUCAUCGCCUGACAAGAUGACGGAGGCGAUGAUAAGGAAGAAACCCGGGAUGGUGAGCGUCAAGGAGAUGCCCGUCCUGCAGGACGGUCCCCCGCCGGGAGGUUUCCCUCCGGUGCGAUACGCUCGCCGGAUUCCCAGCAAGGGACCGAGCGCGGUGGCGAUCUUCCUCACCGCCCUUGGGGCGUUUUCUUGGGGAAUGUAUCAGGUCGGCAAGGGCAACAAGAUCCGGAGGGAGCUCAAAGAAGAAAAAUAUGCUGCUCGCAGAGCUCUAGUUCCUGUGCUUCAAGCAGAAGAAGAUGAAAGGUUCGUGAAAGAAUGGAAGAAGUACCUAGACGAGGAAGCUAGAAUCAUGAAAGAUGUUCCUGGCUGGAAGGUUGGUGAGAAUGUCUACCACUCAGGAAAAUGGAUGCCACCUGCUAGCGGUGAACUCCGUCCGGAAGUCUGGUGAGUAUGCUGCUUGGGUGAACUUAAGCUUUGUCCUUACGUGGAACGAACCAUCGACCGUAUUGAUGUUCCCUUGCUAAGGAGGUGGUUAGGACUUCGGGCAAGUGAACCUUUAUUUACCCCUUUUUGAGGCAAUGGAUUUGUCCUAUUAAUAAUAAUGUGUUGUGGAGAAUGUUUCAAGUGAUCA